CUCGCUGUUGCAUUGGGUUGUUCUUUAUAAGCUUUACCUUUUCCCCCCUAUUGGCAUCUUCCAUGCCUACCCAGCCUGGCUGCCACUUGAAAAUCGUUGAUCCCAAUGGCUGACGCGAUCAGCGCCGCCGGUUCUUGCCUGCAGCCCCUCUGCGAAUGCUUGGAUGGCACAGGCAUGCUGGACGCGGCGGCCCGGGAGGUCGCCUCGUUCCUUCACCUCAAAUCCAACUGGGCCGAUCUCGACAAGGCCAAGAAGCUACUGCUUGCUGUCGAGACGACGGUGAGGGCGCGAGUCACCGCAGAGGUGGACAAGCUGAACAUCUGUGACCCUCAGGUGCAGGUCUGGCUGAGGCGUAUCGAAGAGCUACAACUGGAUGCCAUCGACGAGGACUAUAGCCAGUUGAGGAAGUAUUCUUGCCUCGGCCAGUGCACCAUCCAUGCUCACCGGCGUGCCUCGAUCGGCAGGCAUGUUCUUGAGGCUCUAGAUGAGGCAAAUAAACUUAUUGAAGAAGGGAGGCGGUUCAAGAAAUUUGGAUUCAAGCCCCUUCCCAAGAUUGUUGAUCCAUUGCCUCAAAUCGAGACGUUUGGUUUGGAGACCAUGCUGAGUCAGCUCCAUGAUCUGUUUGAGAAGGGCGACUCGAAUAUAAUUGGUGUGUGGGGUCAAGGAGGUGUUGGCAAGACGACACUUCUACAUGUUUUCAACAAUGAUCUUGAAAAGAAGGCCCAUGACUAUCAGGUUGUUAUCUUUAUUGAAGUAUCCAAUUCAGAGACGCUGAACAUAGUGGAGAUACAACAGACUAUCUCCGAAAGGCUCAACUUGCCAUGGAAUGAUGCAGAGCCAAUUGCCAAACGGGCCAGAUUCUUGAUAAAGGCACUUGCUAGGAAAAGAUUUGUAAUCCUGCUUGAUGAUGUAAGGAAGAAAUUCCGACUGGAGGAUGUUGGUAUCCCAACUCCAGAUACCAAAAGUCAGAGCAAGCUGAUCCUCACAUCACGUUACCAAGAAGUAUGCUUCCAGAUGAAUGCACAAAGAAGCUUGAUUAAGAUGCAGAUUUUGGGUAACGAUGCUUCAUGGGAACUGUUCUUGAGCAAGCUUAGCAAGGAGGCUAGUGCAGCAGUUGAAUCGCUUGGUUCCCAGAAUACUUCUAGAGAGCAUGCUAUGGCAAUAGCCCGAAGUUGUGGAGGACUGCCACUUGCACUCAAUGUCAUUGGGACCGCUGUGGCAGGCUUGGAAGAGGGUGAGUGGAAAUCAGCUGUGGAUGCAAUUGAUACUAAUAUGGAGAAUAUUGAUGGUGUGGAUGAAAUGUUUGGUCGGUUGAAAUACAGCUACGACAGGCUCACAACCACUCAACAACAGUGUUUCUUAUACUGCACUCUUUUCCCAGAAUAUGGAUCUAUCAGUAAAGAGCAACUUGUUGAUUAUUGGUUAGCUGAAGGUUUGCUAUUACAUGAUCGUGAGAAUGGUUAUCUGAUAUUCCGCAGUCUCGUUUCAGCCUGCUUGUUGCAGGCCAGUGGCUCAAUGUCUUCAAAGGUAAAAAUGCACCAUGUAAUCAGGCAACUGGGUCUUUGGUUGGUCAACAAGUCAGAUACAAAGUUUCUUGUUCAACCAGGGAUGGCCUUGGAUAAUGCUCCAUCAGCUGGAGAAUGGAAUGAAGCUACAAGGAUCUCCAUCAUGUCUAAUAACAUCACCGAGCUUUCUUUCUCACCAAAGUGCAAAAAUGUUACCACUCUGUUGAUGCAGAACAACCCAAAUUUGAACAAGAUGAGCUAUGGAUUUUUCAGAACUAUGUCAUCCUUGAAAGUUCUGGAUCUUUCUCAUACUGCAAUAACAUCACUUCCAGAAUGUGAUGCAUUGGUUGCAUUGGAGCAUCUGAAUUUGUCUCACACACACAUUAUGAGAUUACCUGAGCGCCUAUGGUUACUGAAAGAGUUGAGGCAUUUGGAUCUGAGUGUGACUGUUGCACUUGAAGAUACCAUGAACAACUGCUCAAAGUUGCACAAGUUGAAAGUGCUCAAUCUCUUCCGCAGCCACUAUGGUAUCCGUGAUGUUGACAACCUGAAUUUGGAUUCUCUGAAGGAACUACUGUUCCUUGGAAUCACUAUUUAUGCAGAGGAUGUGCUAAAGAAAUUGAACAUGCCUCGUCCUUUGGCGAAGUCAACACAUCGCUUAAACUUGAAGUAUUGUGCAGAUAUGCAAUCAAUCAAAAUCUCUGACCUCAGCCACAUGGAGCACCUUGAGGAGCUGUAUGUUGAAUCAUGCUAUGACCUGAACACAGUGGUUGCUGAUGCUGAGCUUACAACUUCACAGUUGCAGUUCCUGACCCUGUCAGUUCUUCCCUCGUUGGAAAGUGUCCUUGUUGCACCAAUGUCCCAUAAUUUUCAGUACAUUCGCAAAUUGAUCAUUUCACACUGCCCCAAGCUGUUGAACAUAACAUGGGUCCGAGGACUUCAGCUUCUUGAGAGGCUUGUCAUAUCUCAUUGUGAUGGGGUGCUCGAAAUUGUUGAAGAUGAGGAGCAGUGUGGAGAACAAAUGAAAAUGCAGGAUCAUGCUUCAGAUGAACAAGAAGAUCAUGCUAUGAUAGAAACUUCACGGAAUGACACAGGGCAGAGUGACUUCCCAAAGUUGAGAUUGAUCGUAUUGACGGGACUUAAGAAGCUGAGAAGUAUUUGUAAAGCAAGAGAAUUCCCAUGCCUUGAGACCCUUCGGGUGGAGGAUUGCCCAAAUCUGAGGAGCAUCCCGCUAAGCUGCACGCAUAACUAUGGGAAACUGAAGCAGAUAUGUGGUUCAGUUGAAUGGUGGGAGAAACUGCAGUGGGAAAAUAAGGAGGAGGUGGCAUGUCUGAACAGCAAGUACUUCAUUCCAAUCUGACAGAGCCCCAAUUUCAAUGGCUUUUGUAUGGCAUGCAGGUGGCUUAGUUCUGUCUCUUAAAUUGUUUAAAAUUUGUAUAUGUGACGGCGUAGCUUCUAUACAUUGUUAGAACUACAUUCGUGUACAUGGUAUACUCUGCAAUUUGCUGAUAUUGCAUUCAUGUAAUACGAUUUGUUUAUUUAAAUCACAGUCAAUAAGGGUCUGUGACCUUGUGUCUUAUCACUUGUGCAAUCUCUUCAUAAACAAGUUUCAGGGUCAUUAUUAACCCAGUUACAUA